UAGUAUUUUUUUGUUUACGAAGUUUGUCUCCAAAAUUCAAGACUAGAUUAAACAAGGACUUAAGAAGGCUAAAUUUUUAGUCUAUUUGACAAUAAUAUAACCCUAGAAAAAAUAUAUUUUUAAAGCAGAUCAAAAACUUAACAUUAAGUAAAAAAACUAUAGUUCCAACAAUCCAAGUCAACACAAAUUGAUUGUAACUUCACUUAUCUAAUUUUCAUGAUGCAUCAUACAACAAUUUUUUUUGAGUAAUGUUAAUUAUUGAAUCUAAUAUUUAUCACUAAACAAAAAGUUAUAAUUGAGUACAACUUUUCAUAUAUAUAUAAUUUUUUCAUUUAAUAUGAAACUUAAAGUCACUUGAUUUGAACCAGAAGCAAACCUUAAACAUGUCAAUAGAUGUCACAGAACAUUGAUUUUAAGAAUUAUAAGACUCUAUAGUACUAAAGGACAAUGGCAGUUUCAUAUUUUUGCACUAGUGUUGGAACAUCCUGUUUGUCAUUCUUGUUUUCUGUCUAUACUCGUUGAUAAUGGUCAAAAGUGCACAUAAACCGCAAGUUUGUGUAUGUCUAUGAUCGUUAGUGAUUCUAAGUUGAGGCUAAUGCUGACUAGAACCAUUUAUUUUUUGUGUAAUGAACAAAGUCAAAAGGUGAAGUUAGGUUUGAACCCUUUUUCGUUGUUAUAUGGCAACUUCCUUGGCAUGAAUAUUUUAGAGUAUCGGUUGAAGCCAUGGCCUGUGAGAGAGAGUUCCAAAUUGGUGUCCUUCUGACAUUUGUCAUCAUCUGGACACCCAUGUUUGUCCUCACUUAUUGUCCAUUUCAGGACUUUCUAGACCACUCUGUCUCCACUCUCCAAUUCAACCAUAUAAAUGCAAUCACAAUCACAAUACAAUCACUUCAUCUCUUCUUUCCCACACAACUACUUUUGCUUCAACAAUGAUACAAUCAAACCCACCACUCAUGCACCAUUAUGGAGCACUUCUCAGAAACUCUGGAGAACCCAAACAGGCUAAAACUUUUAAUCUUCAAAACCCUUCUGCAGUGGAUGCAUGUGACCUACCUCUUAUAGACCUUGCAGCUCUCAAAAGUUCUAAUGAGAGAGACACAAAGGCUUGCACUGCAGCAAUAUGCAAGGCUGCAUCAGAAUGGGGAUUUUUCCAAGUUGUAAACCAUGGUAUAAGCCAUGACUUGCUCAGAAAAAUGAGGAAUGAACAAAUGAAGUUGUUUGAAGUACCCUUUCAGAAGAAGAUCACUUGCGGGCUUCUGAAUAACCCUUAUAGGUGGGGGACACCAACAGCUACACGUUCAACUCACUUCUCAUGGUCUGAAGCAUUCCACAUUCCUCUCACAAUGAUCUCAGAAGCUGCUUCCUGGGGUGAAUUCAGUUCUUUGAGAGAAGCAAUAAAUGAGUUUGCACCAGCGAUGCUAGAAGUGUCUAGGUUGUUGGCAAGCAUUCUAGCACAAAACUUGGGCUACCCAAAAGAUACAGUUGAAAAACUGUGUGAUGCAGGCACAUGCUUUCUGCGAUUAAAUCACUAUCCAUGCUGCCCAAAAUCUAAAGAAGAAAUUUUUGGAUUAGUGCCUCAUACUGAUAGUGAUUUCCUUACAAUUCUUUAUCAAGAUCAGGUCGGUGGACUCCAACUCAUGAAAGAUUCCAAAUGGGUUGCUGUAAAACCAAACCCAGAUGCUCUAAUUGUUAACAUUGGAGACCUUUUUCAGGCUUGGAGUAACGAUGAGUACAGAAGCGUGGAGCACAAGGUUGUGGCCAAUGACAAAAUGGAAAGAUACUCCGUAGCAUACUUCCUAUGCCCUUUUAACAAUACUGUCAUAAACGGCUGCAAAGGACCUUCUGUAUAUAGAAAGUUCACUUUUGGAGAAUACAGACACCAAAUUCAAGAAGAUGUCAAGAAAAUAGGGCAUAAAAUUGGACUAUCAAGAUUUAAACUUUAACAUGCCUACGUACUCAACUGGCACUGAUACUAUUUUGCAUAUGUAGUAGUAGAAAAAAGAGGCAGCUCUAAUAUUCUUUUUUUUUUACCUAAAUAAAGUUUCUGUUCCUAUGCAAUGUGUUAGAAUAAAUAGAAAACGAGAUAUUCCCCAAAGAAAGGUGGUGGGAGCUUGGAAGCACCAGACUAAAAAAAUGGUCCCUCAUGGGGUUUUUGCCUUUCCCUUUUGAUAUCUUAAACUCUUGAAUAAUAACACACUUUCUAGCAAUUAGAUAUCAUCGUAUAGUUGUCGACGCAAUAAUGUUAUCAAACACGUGAACUUUUUCAUAAGGUUCCCCAAAACACAGCUUAUCGAAAUGGUGAAGUAAAUUGAAGACCUAAAAAUAUACAAGUAGGUCUCUAAAAAUGAAGGUUAUGGGACGAUUUAUUGUGCUCCUCAAGGGAUGAGGUGGAAAAUAUUAAGUACCUGACAAGAAGAAAAAGGAGAACUUUGAUAUUCUCCUUUCAGAAAGCUGGGGAGAACAUGCUUAAAAAUCCAACAAAUGCAUUAAAACAAAAGAGCUAGUUAAUCAGUCCCUU